GCCUGGAUCCCUGGCUGAGGGUGCUUGGUUACCCGGGCAAGUGAGCGAUUUGGUGAACAGAUUCUCCCUUCUAUAGCCAUGGAUUGUUUCAGACCUUCACUGAGCAAUUCCUGGAUUUAUCCCACUGUGAUCCUUUGCUUGUUUGGAUUUUUCUCCAUGAUGAGACCGUCAGAACCAUUCCUCAUCCCAUAUUUGUCUGAACCAAGUAAAAACCUGACCAGUGCAGAGAUCACCAAUGAGAUCCUCCCUGUUUGGACCUACUCUUACUUGGCCCUGCUGCUGCCUGUGUUUGUCAUCACCGAUUACGUCCGCUACAAGCCAGUCAUCAUCUUACAAGGGAUUAGCUUCAUCAUUACCUGGCUGCUGCUCUUGUUUGGCCAAGGAGUCAAGACCAUGCAGGUUGUGGAGUUCUUCUAUGGGAUGGUCACCGCCACCGAGGUGGCCUACUAUGCCUACAUCUACAGCGUGGUCAGCCCCGAGCACUAUCAGAGAGUGAGCGGCUACUGUAGGAGUGUCACGCUGGUCGCCUACACCGCAGCCUCGGUGCUGGCCCAACUCCUGGUCUCCCUGGCGAACCUAUCGUACUUUUACCUCAACGUCAUAUCUUUGGCCUCUGUCUGCGUGGCCUUCCUUUUCUCACUUUUUCUACCCAUGCCCCAGAAGAGCAUGUUCUUUCAUGCAAAACCCAGCAAAGAAAUGAAGUCACUAAGCACAAGCACAGUGCUGGAGGAACCUCUCAAGGGGGAAGCGCCAGGCUGUGAAGAGGAGAAACCCACUUUGGAAACACCCACCACUGCAGAGAACCUGGAGAAUGGCCAUCUGAGCAGCUCAAAGCUAAAAAAGGUGGUUUUGAGAGUUUUUGUGCAGUGGUUCCAAGAUUUGAAGGAGUGCUACGCCUCCAAGCGUCUUUUUUACUGGUCCUUGUGGUGGGCUUUUUCCACAGCAGGUUUUAACCAAAUUUUGAACUAUGUUCAAAUCCUGUGGGAUUACAAGGCACCAUCCCAGGAUUCUGUCAUCUAUAAUGGGGCAGUGGAAGCCCUUGCAACGUUUGGAGGGUCUGUGGCUGCCUUUGCAGUGGGUUAUGUGAAGGUCAACUGGGAUCUUCUGGGAGAGCUGGCCCUGGCGAUCUUCUCAGUGGUCAAUGCAGGCUCUCUAUUUCUCAUGCAUUACACGCCCAACAUCUGGGCAUGCUAUGCUGGCUAUUUGAUAUUCAAGUCCAGCUAUAUGCUUCUUAUAACCAUAGCAGCAUUUCAGAUUGCAGUUAAUCUGAGUGUGGAACGCUAUGCCUUGGUGUUUGGAAUCAACACCUUCAUUGCCUUGGUCAUUCAGACCAUCAUGACUGUGAUCAUAGUGGAUCAGAGAGGGCUCAACCUCCCAAUCAGCAUUCAGUUUUUAGUUUACGGGAGUUAUUUUGCAGUCAUUGCUGUGAUUUUCCUAAUGAGAAGCAUAUAUAUUAUCUGCUCAGCCAAAUGCCAAAAGGAAAUACAGAACCCUGUUACAAGCCGGAAUCCAGAUGGGCCUCCCCCAGAAGAACCUGGUAAUGUUGUCAUGUCAACGCAGCUCUAAACUCACUACUUCAACUGCUGCCGCGGUUUUCAAAGUCGCCCGAUGAAAAUGAGGGAUUUUGAGACAGAUAGCAUUGUUUUGCCACAAAUUGACAUGGAUUCCAAUGAACCUUUGUACAACCACAACAUAACCUCAGUUUUAGACCAGACAUCUGUGUUCCCAGCUACACUGGAGGCAGCUGGCAGGGCCCACCAUCACAAUCAAACAAGCCAUGGUGGGGACCCCCGUGUUAGCAGUAACUGGAAAAUUCUGGCUUUGAUCACAAGGACACAAAUGGCAUGGAAACAAACCAUGGACAAACUCCAGCCAUCCUGGAGUUGACGUUCUUCAUUUAUGAGCAGAGAUGCUAACUGGACUGACCACGUUGCUUAGCUCAGAUACUUGUUUGCUUUUACCCCAGCAGGCAACACAUAGGAUAUUUUUGACAUGUGAUCCAUUUUCCUUCCUCUUCUAGUAAGUAUAUUUCUGUUUAACUUACAGUUCUCUGUGAGAAUUACAAGGUUCAGUCCCAUUUCUAAGGACGCCUCUUCGACCCUGAUAACACAGCAUUAUUGACAAGCUAUGAUUUGAUAGUAUCACCAUUUAAUAUUUUUUCAUGGUUAUCUUUCACUUUGGCUCUGCUGAGCUUUGUUGUUGAAACUCUACCUCGGGAAUGGCUCCAGACGCUCCUGUGUGUCCACAGAAUGACAUUCACAUCCAUUCCCAGUGGCCUGGGAGACGCAGUGAGUCUUCUCCCCACCAGGACCCCAGACAAGUGUUUUAAUGCUAAUCAGUGUGAUGUCUGUCUAAAACAAGAAAACUUAAGGAGAACUUUCCAGGUGCUUCUAGAAGUAAUUGUAACUAAGAAAAUAGUGAUGGGGGAAUGAAACACCUAAUUUUUAAAUGGCAAAGAUUGUGCUAAAUAAAAUGUAUCCAGAAAUUUUAAA